UUAGUCAUCUCCUCCCCUCUAGCCGGUUCUAGCCCUCUGAAUCAGUCAAGAACACUACAGAACAUCUCAAUAGCAACCAUGCAGCUGUGCUACGGACCAAUGGCAUGCCUCACGCUCUUCCUCUUGUUAACGGCCACUGGCACUGGAGCAGAUAAGGUGCACAGCUGUUGCACAGAGGUCUCCAGGCAGAAGAUCACGGUUCCUAUCAUCGGAGCCAGAAUGCAGAAAAAGAAUCCUCCCUGUGUCAAGGCUGUCAUCUUUGAGACUGAAGAUGGAGAGAUCUGCAGCCACUGGAAAGAAGCCUGGGUUCGACACACAUUCAUUCAGCUGGAAAUGGCCAGAAGGUCACUGAAUACACAGAACACCACCACCGCCUCCCAGUAGAGGACACUUCUUCUUCUCCUUGUUUAUCAAUCAUCACCAACAUCGUCACUGGCUGAACUUGAGGGACAGCAUUGUUUAAACCUGUCAUUUAAAUGAUCAACCUUUAAAUUAUGUUAUUUAUGAUAAUUAAGGUAUAAUUUAAUCCAUUUAAAUAUUGUGAGAAAAACUGGUGUAUUUAUUAUUUAUUUAUUUCAAGUUGAAGGAUUUAUUGGGUGUUUAAUGUGUGUGUAGGGGGCUAUGUAUGAUUUGCAGUUUGAUAUGUGCUUUUAACAUUCAAUUAAUUCCUGUGAUGUAUAUGUGUAUCAAACCUGUUUAAAAACAAAACGAAAGCCUAUUUAAGCUCAAAUGGAGAAUUGAAGACAUAAGAUUUUAUGCCACCAUUUUUUUUAAACAAAAUAAACAAUAUUUUACACUAAUAGUGCA